UUUUCAGAUAAAGCCUGUAAAGAAACUUGGGACUGGUGAUUUUCAUGUGCCAUAAAGAAGUCAACUAUCGAAGUCCAUGAACUCAGAUGAAGUCAUUGAGGGUUCUGAUUGUAACAUGGUUCGAAAACCAGACACAGCAGAAUUGAUGGACUUGAGAUUUAGACGCUGUAAGUCUGUAACUAGGGCAGAAGAGAUCCAAUAUGAGGAGCAGAAAAUCCGCAAAGCCCAGCCUGAUCACCCAUGUCACCAGCCAAGGGACUCCCUCUUCUCCUGGUCAUCUGGCUUCCAUGAUUUCACUGGGUUCAUGAACUUGAGUUUCCUACUCCUACUCCUUGGUGGUCUCCGACUAUUCUUGGAGAACAUCAUUAAGUAUGGAAUCCGAAUAGACCCAUCACAAUGGCAGGUGGUGUUGAUGAGUCAAUCCAGUGAAUUCCAGAACCAGUAUCCUUCCUUGUAUCUUCUUACUGGAAGUCAUAUUCAAGUGCUUUUCACUUUGGGAGUGGAGAAGCUUCUUGCUGGUGAAUGGUUAGGAGAGAGACUGGGUCUUGUCCUCCAUGUGAUAUCUCUUUUGGUGUUUGUGACGAUUCCUAUUGUAGUCAUCAACUUCAUCUCACCCCAUGACUACAGCAUGUUGGGUGCGACUGCAGUGUGCACAGUGUACUGCAUCCUGUUCUUAAAGCUCUGGUCAUUCGUUCAUGUGAAUUCAUGGUGUCGGGCAGCUGAGAGGAAGGGUAGUCGUCACAGACACAAGCGAAGGCGCUCACUCUCCAUCAAUGUGGCCUCAGGGAAGAUGGCAGAUGGACCCCAUGGGCAGCAGGAGCUGGUGAAAUACCCUGAUAAUCUGACCCUAAAAAGCAUCUACUAUUUCAUCUGUGCCCCUACUCUUUGCUAUGAACUCAACUUCCCUCGUAGCUCACGCAUUCGCAAAAGAUUUCUAUUGAAGAGGAUACUGGAGGUGAUCAUUGGUCUCAAUGUCAUCCUAUCACUCUUCCAGCAAUGGAUCAUCCCAAGUGUGAAAAACUCCCUUAUCCCCUUUUCGCAAAUGGACCCUCUUCGGGGUGCUGAGAGACUGUUGAAACUUGCUGUACCAAAUCACCUCCUCUGGCUGAUAUGGUUCUACCUGUUCUUCCAUGCAUUUUUCAACAUGAUUGGAGAGCUGACAUGCUUUGCAGACAGGAAUUUCUAUGGUGACUGGUGGAAUUCAGAGAAUUUGGGCCACUUCUGGCGGUCUUGGAACCUCCCUGUCCAUCGCUGGGCUCUCAGGCAUUUGUACACUCCAUUGACUCAGAUGGGGUUUGGAAGGUUCCAGGCAUCAGUGGCUGUGUUUUUUCUCAGUGCCUUCUUUCAUGAAUACCUGGUCAGUGUCCCACUACGCAUCUUUAAAGUGUGGGCUUUCACCGGCAUGAUGUCUCAGCUCCCAUUAUCACAGCUGAGCCUGUGGAUAGAGAAGAAAUUUGGUGGCCGUUGGGCAAAUGUCAUGGUGUGGGCUUCAGUCAUCUUGGGCCAGCCUCUCUGCAUCAUGAUGUACUACCAUGACUACAUAAUUGUACACUUUGGACCUGAUCUCCUUGAGCAGUUCUCAAAGUUAUGAAGUAAUGGGAAGAAAAGCAACCAAUGUUUGGAUACACAUGUGAACCAUGACUCAGGAACAAAAUCUGCUACUGGAAAUUGGGCAUUUUAAAUCUUUCCCUGUGGUACCCGUGAUGCUGUCUUUUAUGAGCUUCUUGUCCUGAGUUACCAAAGUCUCCUAUUGAUAAGUGUUUUGUUAAAACCCAGUCAUCUUUGUCCUUAACUCUGGAAUUCUAUCAAUUUUGCAUAAAUUCAUGGUUUUUUUUUCCCAAAUUGCAUACAGCAUCUCCUUACCAACAUACAUGUUGCACUAUCCCUGAAAAGUGAAGUUAUUGAGCAUUGAUAUUCUUCAUUUGGUGAGCAUGGUGGAAUGACACCGUUUUGCAUGAAAGUAAGAUUACUUGCAAUUUUGAGAGCAUUUCCAAGAAUUUGAUUGAUUUACUUCUUCAAAGGAAAAAAUUAUAAAAUAUUAAGUCACCUGAUCUAGUUACAUGAUCUAGCUAUGUAGUGCGUAGACAUGAUUGUUUCAUUCAAGAUUUUUGGUUGAAAAAGAGCUGAAGGAGUGACAUAUAUCAGUGAUGCAUCCCUUUUCCAUGUUCUCUCUGGAGCGAGAAGGGCAUGAAUGUGCUUAGGUGGGGUAUGAUAUUCUACUAAUGAAUGAUAUGAUGAUGCUUGAAUCAGUCCAAAUGCGCUUGCUUACCUUCUAUUGUGAAGAGCUUUGAAUCACCUUCAAGAGAAGAGAGAUGUGUUGGUUACCCCUUGUUUUUCUUGCUACGCAAAAUGUCCCAAGAGGUUUGGACAGUGUCCCAUGAGCAAAAAACUUCUGUUGGCAUUACAAGCCUCCUUUCAUGUGAUUCACAUUCCCUAACUGCCAAGCACCAAAAAAAUCCAGCAUCAAUGAUUGAAGUGGUCUGAUUUUAACUUGCUUCGUAGAAGUGCUUCUUUUUUUUGCAUGGUUGUGCUUUGUUUUUGGUGCUGCAUCCCCAAUAUUAUAUAUUUGAUAUAAAGCGCCUGGAGGAUGUUUUCAGGUUUCUGUUGU